UUGCUCUUUCUCUUCCCCCGUGCGGGCGGCCCCUGAGGUGAGUCUGUUCUGGCUGCUGCGCCCGGACCCGGCUUCAAUCCGCCGCCCCUCGGCGCCAUCCUGCCCUGGGAGUCCCGGAGCCGGCACCGGGCGGCGAGGGGGCAGGCUCAGCCGCCUGCUGGCACCGAUAUUUCCGUGCCCGGGGGCCGCCACAGGGAGGGGGGGGGGGCAAAACGGCGGACUCUGAGUCCCCGCACGCAGGCUGCGAAAGACCCGGAUGUGCCAGCUCGGGUAAGCUCUAAAAAUGGUCCGCUACUCACUUGAUCCAGAGAACCCCACCAAAUCAUGCAAGUCAAGGGGUUCUAACCUUCGAGUCCACUUCAAGAACACUCGUGAGACAGCUCAAGCUAUCAAGGGCAUGCAUAUCCGGAAAGCCACUAAAUACUUAAAGGAUGUCACCCUAAAAAAGCAGUGUGUUCCCUUCCGUCGUUACAAUGGUGGAGUUGGCAGAUGUGCUCAGGCCAAGCAAUGGGGCUGGACACAGGGGCGUUGGCCUAAAAAGAGUGCAGAGUUCCUACUGCACAUGCUCAAAAAUGCUGAGAGUAAUGCUGAACUCAAGGGUCUUGAUGUGGAUUCUCUGGUAAUUGAGCACAUCCAGGUCAACAAAGCCCCCAAAAUGCGCAGGCGUACCUACAGAGCUCAUGGUCGUAUCAACCCCUACAUGAGCUCCCCCUGUCAUAUUGAGAUGAUCCUCACUGAGAAGGAGCAGAUUGUUCCAAAGCCAGAAGAGGAAGUUGCUCAGAAGAAAAAGAUCUCUCAAAAGAAGCUGAAGAAGCAAAAACUUAUGGCUCGGGAGUAAAUCUGACACAACAGAUGUACAUAAAUAAAAAAGAAAACUGA